UUGUGUGUUGCAACCGUUUGUGCUCUCCUAUUUGGAAUAAUACUGUAGUAAAGGCAAAGAAAAUGGCUCGUACGAAGCAAACAGCCCGUAAAUCGACCGGAGGAAAGGCCCCAAGGAAACAGCUAGCAACCAAAGCUGCCCGUAAAAGCGCCCCAUCCACUGGUGGAGUGAAAAAGCCUCAUCGUUAUAGGCCGGGAACUGUCGCCCUUCGAGAAAUCCGUCGUUAUCAAAAGUCGACAGAACUGUUGAUCAGAAAGCUUCCAUUUCAGCGUCUUGUACGUGAAAUUGCCCAGGACUUCAAGACGGAUCUUCGUUUCCAAAGUGCCGCUAUUGGUGCCCUUCAAGAAGCCGCAGAAGCGUACCUGGUUGGUCUAUUUGAAGACACAAACUUGUGUGCCAUCCACGCUAAGCGCGUGACCAUUAUGCCAAAGGAUAUUCAACUCGCUCGCCGGAUCAGGGGAGAACGUGCUUAAAUUAGCUCAUUAUCGCUGUACAUAUUGAAACUUUAAUGGAACAUAUCUAAAUGUAAGGAACCGAACUUGAUAUCUAUGAUGCAUGCACUAGUCGUCAGUAACUAAACUACUUUUCAUGUCGGUUAAAGUUCUCCUUUUCGUUCACUUUUCUCUCUGUAAGAGUUGCAUGAUUUUAGAAUUUUUGUUACCAAAAUCGUAAAUACCAAUCAUAAGUUAGUCAAUUUUAAGUUUUAUUACAUGUUGGCGCCGUCUUCGCUGUUGUAUGUCAGUCACUGGUUGGGGCAAUAAUGGCGGGCGAAUAAGGAGUCUUUGUUCACUGAUAUUUCGUAUUUUCGCCGAAUCCACGGUGAUUGGGGAUUAACGGAAGACCGUGUUCUUUGGAUCUCUUUGUAAGAUAAGAUCUGGUAGCCGUUCGUUUUUAUUGACACUCUUGAGUAACGAUCUUGUAUGUAAUAUAUCCAUUUUUAACCUAACUUUAUUUAAGAGACAAUAAACUGUCUUUAAAAA